AUGAGCCGCAUAGUUGAUGGUACUAGUAGUCCUCAAAAUGUUGCAGUCUUAGUUUUUCCAUUCACCUCCCACCCCGCUUCCCUUCUCCGAUUCAUACGUUCCAUUUCAACUCUGGCCACACACAUGCAAUUCACCUUCUUCAACAUAUCUAGGUCAAAUAGCUCCCUCUUCUCUGGUUCCAGCAGCAUCAAAGGCUUUGAUAAUAUAAAACCUUACGACGUCUGCGAUGGCUUGCCAGAGGGCUACAUAGCCCCCUCCGGAAAUCUAUUGGACCAAGUUGAGUUGUUCCUAGACACUGGACUUGGUAACUUCGAGAAGGCGAUCAAAGAGGCAGAGGCUGAAACCGGAAAAAAGUUCGACUUGUUGAUUGCGGAUGCAUUCCUCUGGUUUGCCAGUGACAUAGCUGAAAAAAUGCACGUAACUUGGGUGCCCUUCUGGAUUUCUGGACAACGAUCCCUGCCUGUUCAUAUUGAGACUGAUAUAAUUAGAGAAAAACUGGGAGCCCAAGGACAAGAGGACAAAACGCUGGACUUCCUUCCAGGAUUCUCAAAUGAAUUCCUAGCAUCUGACAUACCGAAGGAAAUUGCAUUUGGAGACAUAGAACCACCGCUUGCAAGAAUGUUGCAUAAAAUGGGGCAGAAGCUGCCACAAGCAACUGUGGUCGUCAUCAACUCUUUUGAAACGAUAGACUUGAAAGUUACUGAGGAACUGAAGAAAAGACUCCAGAAGUUGCUCCUUGUCGGGCCGCAACAUCUCGUCCGGCGAGUACAAUCAGAUGAUGAUGAUGAUGAGAAGGAUGAAGAGGAUGAUGGCUGCUUCCAGUGGUUGGACAAGCAGGAACCUGCUUCGGUAGCAUACAUCAGCUUUGGAAGUGUGGGUGCACUGCCUCCCAUGGAGGUAGCAGCAUUAGCUGAGGCAUUAGAGGAACGUCGAUUCCCCUUUCUUUGGUCAUUUAGGGGAAAUCAAGAGGAUUUUCCACAAGGAUUUAUCGGGAGAACAAACAGGUUAUCUAUAGGGAAAGUAGUUCCAUGGGUAAACCAAGAGAAAAUCCUCAGUCAUAGCUCGGUUGGAGUGCAUGUAACACAUUGCGGUUGGAACUCGGUUUUGGAGAGUAUAACUGGUGGUGUGCCUAUGACAGGGAGGCCUUACUUUGCUGAUCAAAAUUUCUACAUGAGGAGCGUAGAAGUUGUAUGGAGAAUCGGUGUGAGGAUUGAGGGUGGCUUUUUCACUAAAACUAGAGCAGUCGAGGCAUUGGAACAAGCUUUACGGCUCGAGCAAGGAAGAGAAAUGAGACAGAGAGUUGGAAUCCUGAAACAGCUUGCUCAAGAGGCCGUUGGACUGAACGGGCGUUCAGCUCAAGACUUGAAAGCUUUGGUAGAGAUCAUCAGAUCUUGAUGACCAAGUAAUUAAACUACCAAUUUCAAUUCUCUUAGUUUGUUUCGUUCCUAUGCAUGUCUUGAUUCACCUAUGAGUGAAAGAAUAACAAGGUCAUGAUCGACAUGAUAACUCGAUCAUGACCUAAAAUAAGAAGAACAGUUGCUAGAUUGGGUUUUCUCAGUUUUUCGUUCUAAAUGUUUCUUUUAUUACUUCAGCAUAAGGAGUCCAGCUUUCUUGUCUAUUGUUGUUGUAUUUGUAUUUCGCAAACGGGCAGAUGUACGUUGUUUAUCUGCCCUUCUUCAGCAGUAAUUGUCCUUUAUUUUUGAAGGGAUAAGGGUAUGUCCUCCCCUCAUAAUCUGUAUCUUGUUUUUCGUUUUAAUAAAAUUUUGCCUCGCUUUUGU